AUGGACAGGACCCUGCAAAACAUCAUCAGGUACACUCAAAAAUAUGUUGAUCCCUAUCAAAAUUGUCAAUUUGAUCGAUAUACCUUUAACUACAGCAGAGAUCUUCUUGGUGAGGGAUCUUUCGGUAGUGUCUAUCGAGGAACCUAAGGGAAUUCCUAUGUAGCCAUCAAGAUUCUCAAUCUCAAACUUUACAACAAUCCAGCCUAUAGACAAGCACUCAAAAAUGAAAUCGUCCUCAUGAUGGAACUCCAAAAUCCCAAUGUUGUCAGAAUUUUAGAUGUAAAAGCUGAUCACUAAUUAUAGGCAUUAUGCGAUAAACAAGACAAUGAACUGUUUUUAAUUAUUGAAUAUUGCGAAGGAGGUGAUCUACGUCGCCUUUUGUCUCAUCAACCAAACUAAAGAUUUCAAGAGUCUGCAGCUGUUGCUAUCAUCUCUCAAACCAUUUAAGGAUUAACCGAAUUAUUGCAUAAAAAUUAUAUGCAUCGUGAUAUCAAACCUGAUAAUAUUCUACUUAAGUAAAAUACCUAUAAAGUUGCUGACUUUGGCUUAGCUGCAAAAAUACCUCCUAAAUAGGUCUUAAGAUCCCAGGUUGGCACUCCUUUGUACAUGUCACCACAAGUUUUAGAAUACAAAGAGUACACAAAUAAAUGCGACAUUUGGUCCUUGGGAUUAGUCUUGUAUGAACUCCUCUUUGGGAGAACUCCCUGGUUGUGUAGGAGUUUUGAUACUUAUUUAAUUGAAAUCAAAACUAAGCCCUUAUAAUUCCCUUAUGAAAUUUAGGUUUCACCUCAAAUCAAGGAUUUCAUCAAAAGAUGCUUAAGGAUUGAAGAAUCUCAUAGGAUGAGUUGGUCUGAAUUAUUAAAGCAUCCCUUGUUAUAAAAUUAAGGGAGAUUGAAAAGAUAAGCUACUUAAGAAAGAUUGGAUUUUACAAUUUUAGAAAGAGAAUAUUUAUACAACAUAUAAUUCGUAUGCUCUGAGCAUAAUAUCUAAGCGAAGGACUUGAUGAAAUAAUGUGCCAAGACUCAUAUUAAUUAAUAGGAAUUUUAGAAUAUGUUGAGGAAGAUUAUGAAUUCUGAGAACGAAGAGGUUGGUAGGAAGUUAUUUGAAAAAUUUGAUUAUUCAAAGGACGGUUUGAUUAGUGCAUAAGAAUUUGAAUAUUUAUUCAGUGAAUACGAUUUUGCACCUCUAAAGUCCAUAGCCGUUUAAAUCAUAUACGAAUUGUAGGCCAUUAUCAAAAUAUAUAAAAUACCUUUGCGAUAACUAUUCGAACAGUUGGAUUAGGAUAAAAAUGGGUACCUUGAUGUAAAGGAGUUCGAAUUCCUUAUUAAGAAGAUUGCUCCAAAAUUAUCCUAGGAAAACAUUGUAGAGAUAUUCAAAAAUUAUGAUCAAGAUAAUGAUGGUAAAAUUAGGUUGGAGAUAGAAUUACAAUUUGUUCUCUAAAGUAAGAAUUACCAAAAAUUAAAAAUCAUUUUGAAUAGAAUUCGUGAAACACUGAUGAAAAAGUCAGUGUCUGUAAGUACAUUGUUUUCUUAGGUGGACAAGGAAAGGAAGGGAUACAUCAAUUUCAAGGAUUUCGAGUAUUUACUAAGCAAAUUAGAUAAAUUGAACAAAUGUGAUAUUUGGGACCUUUUUAAUUUGUUUGAUGAGGAUGGAAAUGGAUAAAUAUCUUUAAAAGAGUUUAUGGCUUUGUUAAAUUUAUGA